UUUAUGCUGAGUAUAAAGUUGUUAUAAUUUUAAUGGCAUCAUUUUGGUUGUUGAUGGUUUUUCUUGUUUGUGCAUCUGGACAAGAACAUGGCAGUCAAAAUAGCGAAGAAUAUAGACAACGUUUUGUAAAAAUUGUUCAAGAUGGCCAACGUGAUGCACUCAAUUACCAUCUACCAACAGACGCGAGUAAAUAUCGAGGUAGUGUUAGGAAUUGUUUCUGGAAUCCAUUUCGAUGUUUUAUCCGACGAGACCUUGGAACAUAUGAUUUUAUCGUAAUUGGAAGCGGUGCAGCUGGUUCCGCCAUUGCAAAUCGCUUAUCCGAAGAAGAAAACUUUCAAGUACUGCUCUUGGAAGCCGGUAACUUCGAAAGUGACUUUAUCGACAUUCCCGCAAUGGCAUUCUACGCCAUGGGCACAGAUUACAACUGGGCUUAUACUAGUAUACCACAAAACAAUUCAUGCUUAGGAAUGGUUGAAAGAAGAUGUCAAUUCCAACGUGGGCGUGGCAUAGGUGGCACCACUUUAAUCAAUGGUUUAGUAUAUUCUCGUGGUUCUGCUUCCGAUUAUGAUCGUUGGGGUGCACUUGGGAAUCCAGAUUGGUCUUAUGAGAAAGUUUUACCUUUCUUCAAAAAAGCAGAACAUAAUACAAUCCCUGAUCUUGAUGAAGGUUACCAUGGAACCGGUGGGAAUGUUAAUGUAGAGCACUCUACAUACACCAAUGCACAUCUUGAAGCAUUCCUUACAGCUCAUGAGGAAAUAGGUUAUCCUAUUCUAGAUUACAAUGGUCGUGAACACCUGGGAGCAUCUCGAGCACAAUUCAAUACCAAAAAUGGUCGUCGUGAUACUGCGGGAGCUGCCUAUAUUAAACCUGCUAUGAAUAGGCCUAACCUUCAUAUUAGUACAGACAGUUAUGUUACUAGAAUCAACAUAAGCCCUUAUAGUAAAUCUGCAUAUGGAGUGGAAUUCACUAAAGAUAAUCUUCCAUGCUCUGCUACUAUCAGGAAUGAGAUUAUCCUCUCGGCUGGGGCUAUAGCAAGUCCACAGAUUUUGAUGUUAAGUGGGGUAGGCCCAGCUGAACAUUUGGGGGAACUAGGAAUACCUUUAAUAUCUGACCUGCGUGUCGGAGAUAAUCUACAAGAUCACAUAGUGAUUUUUGGAACUACAAUCGAAACAAACACUUCGAUAAAAAUUGAUAGUAUUGAAGGAUAUGUUGAUGAAUACUUGAAAGGGACAGGUCCUUAUACUCUACCAGGAAACAACGCAGCUCUUGCAUUCUAUAAAACUAACUUUAGUAAAUACGACUCGGCUGAUCUUGAACUCCUCAUGGUGAGUGCCAAUAGAACAGAUGAUUACUUCCAGAAAGGUUUUGCGUUUACCACAGAAACAGCAGAUGCCAUUAUGCAUAAUCUACAUAAUCCAUCAACAUUUACAAUUUAUAUCUAUACGAUGCAUCCGGAUUCUGUUGGGACUGUAAGACUUAAAUCUACAAGUGCGUUUGAUUAUCCAUUGAUAGAUCCGAGGUUUUUGGAUAAUGAGUAUGAUUUGGAUACUUUGUAUUAUGGUAUUGAGUUAGCACAAAAAUUACUUGACACCGAAGCGUAUAAAAAAUUAGACGCUAGGUUUAAGCCUAUUGAGUUGCCUAACUGCAGAGAACAUGAAUUAUUCUCUAAAGCUUAUUGGUAUUGUUUUAUCAAGCAGACAAGUGAUGAAGUUUAUCAUCCAGUUGGUACUUGUAAAAUGGGACCGAGAGUUGAGGAUGGCGCUGUUGUUGAUAGUAAAUUUCAAGUGUAUGGGGUUACUAAUUUGAGGGUAGCUGAUGCUAGUGUCAUUCCAUUUAGUAUGGUUGGGCAUACUUCAGCGCCAUCUACUAUGAUUGGUGAGAGGUGUGCAGAUUUUAUUAAAAGGAAAUAUAAUGUUAAUAGGGAAUUCAGAGAUUGAAGAAAAUAAUCAUGUUAAAUAAUUUGUUAACAGAAAUAUAGAAAUGUUUAGUUUUGUGCAACAA